AUGGCUUCGAUAGAUCAGUCAUAUACUAUGCUCCCUAGGCACUUGAGCCCCCAGCACCACGACGACUACAUUCUUUACCCUGAGCCACCACAGGGAGUCUUCAGCACAGCACCCAUGGAGAUGAGCAUCCCUGCCGACGCCUCUUACAUGUUCCCAACCUCCAUGGCAAUGGAUCACCAGCCCGCCCUCUACGAUAACAACUUUAUGUACCAAGGACGCACAUCACCUGGUCUCUACGAGGACGCCGAAUUCCAACUGCCUUCUUCCAACCUUUCUACCGCAUCAGCACCAUCGGCGGCCUCUUCCAACGUAGGCUCGCCCCAAUCCCACAACGACCAGCCGGCGCCAAUCCUCGACUGGGCGCACCCCGGCAUCGCUGUGACCCCGGGCAUCGUGCCCCACGACUACUACAACACCGCCGGUACAGAGUACUCGACCUACGCCGGCCCAGGUAUGGAAGACUUUGCAGCUUUCGAAUUUGCAAACACCAAGCCCCCGGGUUUCGUGGCUUCAGCUGUGCGUGUGCGCGACUCGGGCCCGGUGCUGGACACUCACUCGUCCUCCUCAUCCCCUGUCACGCCCGCAUCGCGCAAGUCAAGCUUGUCCUUUGUCUCUCCUAGCUCUACUUCCUUCUCUUCUCCUCCGGCGCCCGUCUGGGGCCACUCGCCAAAGACUCCUCGAGUCUCUACUUUCUUUUCUCAGAGCAGCGGCCAUUUCAUCGCUCCUCUUGGUUCUUCUUGUUGGUUUUCCUCUGUCAAGCAGCCUCAUCCUUAUCGCGAAACGCCCGCUGACCACCUCUCCGCUGCUCCAGACCCUUCUUUGAUCCACCCCGACAUCAGCCGCCCCAUGAUGAGCAACUUCCAGAACCCCAACCAGUAUCCCACCUCGCCCGCCCUCUCGCCCUCAUCACAGUCAAUGUCCAUGGUUCGCACCGGCAGUCAAUCGCCCUUCCUCCACAGCGGCUUCCAACAGCAGCAGCAAUUCAGCCCCUACGCUACUCCCGGCGACGCCCGCCGCCCCAGCCUUCACUCAUUCCCCUCAACUUACUCUGAUGGCAACAACUACAGCGGCGAUGAGGGCAAGGAGAAGCAGAGAUGCCCCCAUCCCGAGUGCGGCAAGGUCUUUAAGGAUCUCAAGGCGCACAUGCUCACGCACCAGACUGAGAGGCCCGAAAAGUGUCCCAUUGUGACUUGCGACUACCACGUCAAGGGAUUCGCUCGCAAGUACGACAAGAACCGCCACACCCUGACGCACUACAAGGGAACCAUGGUGUGCGGUUUCUGCCCCGGCUCCGGUUCAGCGGCUGAGAAGUCGUUCAACCGCGCUGAUGUCUUCAAGCGUCACUUGACAGCCGUUCACGGCGUCGAGCAGACACCGCCCAACAGUCGCAAGAAGAGCAGCAGCGCCAACAGCGGCAAGAAGCUCGCGGGAUAUCCUCCCGAUGCCACUGGCAAGUGUUCCACUUGUUCGCAGACCUUCUCCAACGCUCAGGACUUUUACGAGCACUUGGACGAUUGUGUGCUGCGUAUUGUGCAGCAGGAGGACCCUUCUGAGGCCAUCAAUGCUCAGCGCCUGGCCGAGGUUGAGAACGACAAGGAAGUGCACCAGACGUUGGAGAAGAACCAUUUGCCCACGCAGACGCAGAUGCCCUCAAACGAGGAGGAGGACGACGAGGAGAUGAUGGAGGAUGAUGAUGAGGAAGACAGCAAGCAGCGCGUCAGCGCGUCGCCCAAGAGGAAGGGCAACCCGGUCAACGGUGUUCAAAAGUCGCGCGGCCUCACACACUCCCGUGGAGGCGGCCCAAUGCCUGUCAAGGCCAAGGGUCGCAAGAACAGACGCGACUACCCUUCUUCUUGGGGCUUCGACAAGGGCCAGAUGACGAUGAAGAAGCGGGUGAUGGCAGUGUUUGAUGGACCUCGGCGACUGGCCAAGGACGACAUGAUGCUGUCGACAGAUCACGAGGUGCGCAUCAAGCUUACGGACGGCAACAACUACGUGACGGACCUGGACGUGCAGACGCUGAAGCGUGCCGAGGGCUUCCUUGGUGCGACGGAUGAGGAGAAGGGACCCUGGAUCUCUGACGAUCCGACCGAGGAGCAGCUGCGGGAGAUGCAGGCGAUGCUUGAGAGCUGCCAGACGGCUCAGUAA